CGCCGAGUGCGCAUGCCCAAAAGAAAACUCCAUUAUUUUUUUUGCUCGGAAUUUGUAAGAAAAAAAAAGAAGAAAAAAAACAAAAAAACAUUGGGCAUCUGUGAAUUGGGGAUUACAUGGGUCGUUAUGUUUGUCGGAGAACACUUGAAUGCUACGUGGUUUAGCAAAAUAGAGACCAAAGGAACGGCUGGAUAGCUGUGGACCUGGAGCGGGACAUCCCUCAGUCUUGCUGGGACUCUCCAGAAUCAAGCACUCCAUCAUCAUCCUCAUCAUCUACACUCCUGCUCUGAUGUGUCCAAAACAUAUAAGUCUGUAGGAGUAAUCCUAAAGGUGAAGGAUCUGCCUCAUACCGGGAGAGAAAGUCAAGUCUUUGGACAAGUCAGGUUUUACCGGCAGUCUGUGUGCUUCUAACCCCACAGCAUGUACAUUGGACAGUGGACACCUUAGCCAAAAUAGAUCCUGGCUUCCCAAAGAUGACAAGGUGCUGGCAAGCCACAGCAACAAAAUGAUGGGUGGCAGUGACACUGUCAGCGGGGACAAGGAGGGGGUCCACACAGCUGCCAUACAUGUCCCCAUUGGCUGGCAGAGGAGAGUGGAAGGAGGGCAGGUGACCUAUCUGAGUCCCAGUGGCACAGCCCUGUCCACUCUAGGCGAAGUCAAGGCCUAUCUGUUGACUGACGGUUCCUGUAAAUGUGGUCUGGAAUGCCCACUCAUCAUCCAUAAGGUUUUCAACUUCAGUGUGGGUGUGAGGGUGGAACAGCACAGUCAGCCAUUAGGUAAAGUGGAGCAGGACAUGACCAAACUGUGCAAUCACCGCAGGAAAGUGGUGGCGAUGGCUGCUCUUUGUCGGAGUAGGCAGGCCUCACAGAUUCCGUUUGACAACUUUCAUCAUCCAGAUAUGAGUCAAGGGGACAGCCGAGAUCCUAAAGGAGAACCAGUGGAGCAUAAAGAAGAGGAACGCGGAAUUUACUAUCCAAAAUUCCAUCCAGUUCCAGCUCGACUACACAACAGUUUCCAUCCAAACCCAUGUGUCAGCCCCAAAUCGUCCCACCAGUUCAUCUAUUCUUACAAUGGUUCCUCCCCUGUUCCCCACUCAGGCACAAACUCUCAUCAUCCCUUAGAUGCUUUAAGACGACUUCAUCAUCCCCCUCUCCCAACAUCUUCAACCGCUUCACCUAGCUCUUCAUUAACAGCUCAGAGCACUGCCCAGAGGUCACCCCGCACCCCAACCCCACACAACAUCAGUCAAGGUCAAAGAACACCCAAAACCCCCGAGACUCCCGGCUCUCCUCGUCUAGGACCCCUGUCAUCACCUCCUCCUUCUUCCCCAAUGUCCCUUGGCGGAGGAAUGAGAGCACAGACUCAUAGUCAUCAUCCUCAUGGUGUUAUUGUGGGAGCCCUGCCCGUUUCUCCGUCUCUCUCCCUGUCUCCUCACCAGCGAUCCCGCAACCCGUCAGCAUCUCCCUCUUCUCUGUCUGAGCAUGGAGGAGGCUCAACAGCAGCAGAAGGAGGGCCAAUGGGAAGUAGCUUGCCUCAGAGGAGGAGGUCCACCUCUUCUUCUCCUCACUCCCCAGUUCCUUGUGGCUCCCCAAUCCCUAGUCCCCACUUCACCAAGUACAAGUUGGAAGAGAUCGUAGAGCAGUUUAAGAACUCAGGCAACAGCAGCACUAAUAAUAACCACCUCCUAAACCCAACUAAUCCCUCCUUACUGACCAACCAAAGCAGUAGUAACCCCUAUGCUGUUUCUUCAAAGCCCUCAAAGAGCAUAAUGACUCAAACUGCCAGUGCAGGACCAACAGGUUUUGGGUUAAACUCUGCAGGACCCUCUAAUUCACCUUUGGGGCCAUUGCUAAACCACCAUUAUAGUCAUCAGGGCAAGCUGCUGCACCCAGGUUCCUUUCCUGCGAGUAGCCUGCUCUCCGCAGCGGCUAAGGCUCAGCUGGCAAACCAGAUAACCCAGGGCCAGAGCUUAAACACGGCCAGCAACCCUGGUGGCUUGCCCCCUUCUCUGGAUAUCUUGAAAGAGGCUCAGCAGCAACAAAAGGUAACAAACAGCACUUUACAUAACAGCCACACUUCUGCUUCCAUUGCUUCUGUCAGGCUUCCCCAUCCCUCCCUCCCAGCUGCCUCCGCUGUUCUCUUUCCUCCAUCCCACACUCUGGGCCAGACCCUGGCUUCCUCCUCACCCCACUUGCCUCCCACAUCAGAACGCAGUGCGUUGCACAGGAAGAGGCAGCAGCGGUCUCCCACGGUGCUCAGCAUGCUCCGAAACACGCAGCAGCUGGCUAAUGGGUCGCAGAAGACUCCAUCUGAAGAGGCUGUUACAGCAGUCAUCAACCUUUCAUCCUCUUCAUUCCCCACCUCCUUGCAAAGCUCCUCUACCUCAGCCGUGCAGAACCAGAGUACUGUCAUAUUAGAAAACCAUCAUCAGAGCCUCCCCGGGCAGCUGCUCAGACCAACAGCACACCUUUCCAGGCCUCUUCGGCCAAAUGAGGCCCUGGAUUUCACUACAGGCCAGACAGCCACACCUCUUGUCUUGGAUCCCCCGACCCAACCUUUGUCUGCUCUGUUACACCUGCUCAGUGUGCAGAAUGCACAGGCCACUGCCUCAGCAUCCAACUCUGCCUUAGCCCAGUCCAGAGGUGUAUUUGUUGAAGGAAGUGGAGAGUCCAAUAAACAGUCGCCAUCGUCUCUGGUCUCCAGCUCUAAUGACAGGAACCCACAGACUCAGUCCCCGUGUCGAACAGAUAACACUAAUCCUCUCCCCUUGGUGCAACAACGACUUUCGUCUCCUCCCUCCUCUUCUCACAUUACACCAUCAGAGUCUCAAUCUCCUUCUCACCCGACUAGGUCAGGUUCUCUACAAAGAGAUUCUAAUUUUACAGUGCUAUCCAAUUCAAAUUUAGCUCCCCACAACCAACGCAGUCCAUCUCAGCAGACUCCUCCACCUCACGUCGACAAGCAUCAGCCGGCCGUUAAUCAUAUGCCCACAACAGACUCCGUUUUCAAAGCCUCUGGACAGACAGCCUCCCCGCAGGGAACCGUGGAGGUGGAGAGUGGUAGUAGCAGCACAUGUCCAUCUGUGGACAUCAGUCACUCUCAAGGCAGUGUUACAGUAGGGAUACCCUCUUCCCCAAAGCCUCUAGAUCUUAGCAACCAUGUCCUGGCCAUUCUUGCAGCAUCUUCCACUGUGACUCCGGGGGAGGGAAACUCCUCCAGCUAUGCCACUGAUGUUGAGGUGUCUUCCCAAGAAAAUCAAUCUACAGGACCAGAGCAACCUGGAUGUUUAGACCCAAAGGCCCCCACGCUGACCAAACCCCCACCAGCCAUUAGUCCCACGAUCACUCCCUCCUCACAUCAUGAAGAGAAUCACAGCCCUCCCACCCCUUCAGCUGUGGUCGACUCUGCUGCUUUACCUCUGGCAGAGGCUUUUCCCUUCAUGAACCAGGAGCAGCUGCUUCAGCUCCUGUCAUCUACAGGAGGUCUACCAUCUCUUUUGGACCCCACGGUCUUGGCUUCGUUGCCACUUGGGGGGCUGUGGAUGGGAGGACAACAGGCACAGAUACCUCCUACUUCGGUUACACCACAACCACCUCAGAAUCUUGUGGAACAGCAGCAGUCGGAACAGCAGCAGCUACUGAUGCAAGACCCACAGCAGCAAAACCAUGAUCAGCACCAGAAACAUCAGCAGAUGAACACAAAUCCUCUAUUUCCCCUGUUGCCCUUGUUGAGUUGUGCCCAGGGAGAGCUACCUCUGAACCUCUUGGGCCUGCUUAACCCACUCCCAUCCUCUGCAGGACAGGAACCCGAUUUAACAGAAAAACCUAGUCUUCAGGCUCUACUUAUGGCCUCUGUGCUAAUUGGGCAACAGCAGGCCUCCCUGUUACCUUUGUCUUCACUGGGGCAGUUGAGCCAGGUCAGUGUGGAAAUUCCUAUCCCACAGUCCCAACAGAUGCAUACCAAUGUGGAGGGCUUGACUUUGGACAAGACCCCUGGCCUCUUGGACCCAUCCACCCUCACAGGCCCUGGGCUAUUGGAGAUCACCCAGGGCCUUCUUCCCAUUACAGCAGGAGCCGAGGGCGCUCUCCAAGCCCUGCAGUCCCUGCUCCUUCCUGCCACUCUUCCUCCUCCCCCUGCAGCCUUCCUGCCCCUCAGCCCCGCUUUGCUCACAGCUGCCCUCAGCUCUGCUGAGCUCCACCCUCCUCCCAACCCCCAGUUAGCUCCUGCACAGCAAACCCAACAUACCCAACCUCAGGUGCCCACUGAUGCUGGUGUUGACACCCUCAUCCCUGUGUCUCUCCAAGGCAAGGACAACCCGGUCCUCCAACAGCUGCUGCCCACUUUGCUUAAUCCUUCAUUGUUAGGAGAUCUUUCUGGCAUCACAGGUCUUCAUAACAUGGUAGGAAUUGGAGGAGGUUCCAUUCUUCUGUCCCCAGUCCAGGCCUCUGCUUUGGGUAUGUCUCUACUACAAGGCCCUGAUGGAGCCAUCAACUUACUUAACAAUCUACAGCUAAACCUUGCACCAUCCUCAGAUGAGGAGAAGCCAGACUCAUUGCAGGAAGCACAAAGCCCUGCUCCACAAGAAGACUUACCAGCUAGUGAAUCUGUUUCUGAAGUAGUCCCAAGUCCUGUUCCUCCUCUAGCUCCUUCUCCAGGUCAAGAAUCUGCCCCACCCACAAACAGAGGAGCUGAGGGCAGGUCUGUCAUUGAUCCUUACACUUCUUUCAUGGACACCAUUUAUACCUCUUUCCUUCAAGUUAGUGCUAAAGAGCAGGAAGAAGGGGGCCAACUGGGGCCCUCUGACCCUUCUUCACCCUUCUGUGCCUUACCGCCGGUUUCCUUCCAUUUGGAGCACCAUACCCCCACUCUGCCCCAGGCAAGUGCCCCCGUCUCCCUCAGCCCACGCCGAGCCUGCUCCCUCCGUAACCCAGACUUAUCGCGACUCAGCUUGGAAGCAGCAGCUCAUUCCCCAGCCCAGGGAACGCCCAAACCAACAGAGGAUGGGCCUACGUCACCUUUACAAAGGAAACGGGUUGUAGAGGGACAUACCCAUCUAGAACCUCCUUUGCCAGCCAUAUACUUGGAGGAGGCUAAGACAGACUGUACUGGUCCCGCUGCAGCUGUUUGUCCCUUUGUGGAGUCGGGGGUGGAUAGGCAGGGGCAUCUUCCCCAUUCAGGAUACCUCAGUCCAAGGGAUGGAUGCAGUGGGAGGCCCAGCGAGGACACAACUGAGACACUGCUGCACAGUGGACAGUUAAUGGAUCAAGCUGGGGGAGGUGGAGGAGCCAGAAGAGGAAGGAAAAGAAAACAAACACUACAGAAUGUGUUGGAGGACUUCAGAGACAUGGAUGCUACAGCACUAGAGGAAACCAAGGCUACAACAUCACUUCUGAAGCCUGAGAGGUCAGCGCGUGGUAGGCGGCGGCGAGGAACCCGUUCUCAGAGGCAGUGAUUGGUGGAGGAGCCGUUAGUCAGUGAAAGGCCUCUCCACCCCCCCCCCCCAUCUGACCAUCCUCAUCACUACUGUUUAGACCUUUAGAAGAAAAUCAACUGCACUAAUAGGAUGCUGUUGUCAUGUCAACCAUUGCUAUGGCAACCACUAUGGAAAAAAAACAUAGGAAAAAGAUAGUUGGAUGAAUUUAUUUUUUAAAAAAGUGGGGGGAAAAAUGAAGACAUUUUUGUGGAUACUUUUUCUCUAGCUUUUUCUCUUAGGUCACAAAAUAAUGUCAGGAUGUUGUGAUCAGAGAUCUUUGAAUUAGGUUUGUGUUAGAAUGAUAUCAGUGAAAGACAAGAAUAACAAAUGAGUACUGUUUUCCUCUCAUCAAUGUGUUACUGUGAGUCAGGACAAAGCCCGUGUACUUGAACGAUGCUCUCUUUUGAAAGUGUGUCUUAACGUGUUAACGAGUGUGUUCUUUUGUGUGUUUGGGUGUGUGUUGGACAACAGUGCUGUUGCUGAGCCCCUACUGUAUGACUGAGUGUCAAAUUGAUUUUUUGUUUCAUAAAAGAAGAACCGGGUGUCUUCUCUGUUAUACAUUGGAGACAGUUGUUGUAUUGUAGAGACAUUUGUAAGGUUUUCAGAAAGUGCUGAAAGAGAGUAUGAGGAUAUGACUUUUCUUUCCGUUGAAGUGUGAAAUGACCUAAAAUUUUUACCAGCUAAGGAAAUUAUGUGGUUUAUACAAUCAGGUUUCUUUGGCAGUUUACGUCAAUGACUUAUCACACAGGGAAAAAAAAGAUUUUUUCAUUGGAUAUGAGUCAUCAUGUCUGGUUUUAUUUAUCCUCAGAAAAACAAACUUGAAGUCCUUAUGUACAACCCUUUUACAAAUUUGUAAAAUCGGGUUAUCAGUGACUGACUGCAUUUGGGUUUAUGACAUUUGCGAGAUUGGCAACAAAUUUUUAAACGUCUCAUGAAUUGUUGGGCUCCAUUUGUCUUAAUUUAGCUACCAAUUUACAUUUCACAUUCUGUGCAAUUAGUCUCUGUGAAGCAUCAUUUGUAGCUACGUGUGGCAGAAACUAGUAAGAAUCAUGUCCACCCAAGAUCCAUUAAAUGAAAUUUAGGAACCAGAUUUAAUUUGAACAUCAAGAACCUCAAGUUUACAAGGAGUACUGUAUGUCCUGUUGAUUUGUGGAAUGGAUGGUGGGGAUACUUGUACACAGAGAGUGAUGAUGUCUUAUUUGGAUCUGUUGAGUCUGUACGUUACUGUGGAUCUGGAGUGAUAUCCUCCCUCUGUCUCCCCAUAUCACUGUGUGAGCAAUUCUCCACUCACUGCCCUGCCCCAGGAGUACUGGCAUCUCUAGCUGUAUUUGAAAUAAAAACAAAUAAUGAAAACUGAAAAAGAAAGCAGAUUAUGCAAUUUCUACACUUGGAAAUGUGUACAUAUGUACAGUUAUUGUGUUUGAUUUUAUAUUGUCGGAGAGAGAAGAGAGAAGCAAUUGUGAAUUUUUCUUGGAAUUGUAAUUAUUUUUCUCAUUCUACCCCUUUGCUUUCUAUACUUAUGUUCGAAAAGACAAUUAAAUUGUGGACUGUAGCUUUCUUUUUUAUAUGGGAGUCAUUUUUUAUUUAAUAUUAAACUAUUUACAUGAAAUGCACCUUGUGUUGAUUUCCUGCACUUCUGAA